AUACUCAAAAAAAAGUUAAAAAAAUGAAAUUUUUAUCAGUUUUAGUUGUAAUCGCUCUCUUAAUCUGCGUCGCCAGUGCAGUUCCCUUCCGAAGACGUUUCUAUGGCGGCGGCGGAUACGGAAGACCCGGAUUUGGAGGUCCAGGCUUCGGCGGAGGCGGUUUCGGAGGCUCGCAAUCCUUCGCAUCAGCUUCUUCGCAAUCCUUCGGAGGGGGUUUCGGCGGGGGCGGCUUCAGCGGAUCGUCUGCUAAUGCCGCUGCUGGUUCGCAAUCUUUCGGAUUCGGAAGAUAAGCUUUAAAAUUUUACUUUACGAUAGGGUUAAGAUUGUACAUAAGACGAGAAAAGUUG